AUGGCAUUCGACAGUGAUCAUUUCGAAACUCUUCAAUUGCAUGCAGGCCAAGAACCAGAUAGUACGACAACAUCCCGUGCCGUUCCUAUUUAUGCAACAUCAUCCUAUGUGUUCCGUGACUGUGAACAUGGUGGUCGUUUAUUUGGAUUACAAGAGCCGGGAUACAUUUACUCCCGAAUGAUGAAUCCUACCUGUGAUGUGUUUGAGAAGCGAAUUGCUGCUUUAGAGCAUGGUGUCGCAGCGUUGUGUACGAGUUCCGGUACCUCAGCCGCUUAUAUGGCUUUGACAACCUUGGCCAAAAGUGGUGACAAUAUUGUUUCCACGUCUUACCUUUACGGAGGGACCUACAACUUGUUCAAAGUUACUUUACCACGCAUUGGCAUUACUACAAGAAUAAUUGAGGGCGAUGAUGUCGAGAAACUGGCGGCGCAAAUCGAUGAGAACACAAAAGCCAUUUAUGUCGAGUCCAUUGGCAACCCCAUGUACAAUAUUCCGGACUUUGAACGUAUUGCCAAGAUUGCACAUGCUGGCGGUGUUCCUCUUGUAGUCGACAACACUUUCGGCGGUGGUGGAUACCUGAUUCGUCCUAUCGACCAUGGAGCAGACAUUAUUCUUCAUUCGGCUACCAAGUGGAUUGGCGGCCAUGGCACAACGAUGGGAGGCGUCAUCGUCGAUAGCGGCAAAUUUGACUGGCGGAAGCAUGCGAAACGGUUCCCUGAACUAACAGAACCUCAUCCUGGUUACCAUGGAUUACGCUUUGUUGAAUCUUUUGGAAACGCAGCCUACGCGUAUGCUGUCCGAACUCAAGCUCUUCGGGAUGUUGGUGGUAAUGCUAGCCCAUUUGCGGCUUUUCUUUUAAUUCAGGGACUCGAGACUCUUUCUUUGCGCAUGGAGCGCCACGUCCAAAACGCUUUUGCCCUUGCAAACUAUUUGGACAACCAUCCACACGUUCAGUGGGUUUCCUACCCUGGCUUACCUUCACAUCCUUCACACAACCUUGCCAAAAAGUAUUUGAAGCACGGUUACGGUGCUGUCCUUAGCUUUGGUGUUAAGGGAGGCCCUGACCAGAGUCGCAAAGUUGUGGACUCUUUACAACUUGCUAGUCAACUUGCCAAUGUUGGAGAUGCCAAGACGUUAGUCAUUGCACCAGCCUAUACCACGCAUUUGCAAUUAACUGACUCUGAACAGCUAAGCGCUGGUGUCACAAAAGACCUCAUUCGUGUUUCUGUUGGCAUAGAACACAUCGAUGAUAUUAUUGCUGACUUUGCUCAAGCACUGGAUCCCAAAACAACACCACUAAAUCAUUCCUAA